CAGUGACUCGUUUCAGCUUCCUUUACCACAGACCAUGGACGCUCUCAAAGCCGUAUUCGAAGCUAAAAAAGCAGAGGGGAUUCCAGCAUUGGUGACCUUCGUCACUGCUGGAUACCCAAGAACACAAGACACUGUACCUAUCUUGCUGGCCAUGCAAGCUGGAGGUGCAGACAUAAUCGAACUCGGUGUGCCCUUCUCCGACCCCAUCGCAGACGGCCCAGCUAUUCAAGAGACCAACACUGUUGCGCUUAAAAAUGAUAUCGAAUAUGUCACUGUACUUGGAAUGUUGCGAGAAGCGAGAAGCCAAGGACUGAAGGCGCCGGUCCUUCUUAUGGGCUAUUAUAAUCCAAUGCUUGCGUAUGGAGAGGACAAAGCAAUCCAAGACGCUCGUGAAGCUGGUGCAAACGGAUUUAUUAUGGUCGAUCUUCCACCUGAAGAGGCCAUCAACUUCCGUGACAAAUGCGCAAAAGCAGACUUGUCAUAUGUUCCUCUCAUCGCACCAUCAACAUCUAUGCAUCGCAUCCAAUUUCUCUCGUCCAUUGCGGACUCUUUCAUCUAUGUAGUGUCAAAGAUGGGAACAACUGGCUCUUCUGUCCUAGGCAAGAUGAAUGCCGCUCUUCCGGACAUCAUCGCCCGUAUCCGAGAAUAUACGGCUGUCCCACUGGCGGUCGGUUUCGGUGUUGCAACGCGCGCUCAUUUUGACGUUGUCGCCGAUGCUGGGGCGGAUGGUGUUGUUGUUGGCAGCCGUCUCGUGACCAUCAUCAAGGAGGCACCUCUCGACUCGAUACCUCAAACCGUUGAAAACUACUGCCUGGAGAUUAGCCUAAAGGAUAAACCUACUCGCACACGGUCGCUGCCGAUUUCAAAAACUUCGACGCCUUCCAAUGGUGCUCUGGAGCCACCCACAGUUGCCCUACUUCCCCCGCGUUUUGGUCAGUUCGGUGGACAGUACGUCCCAGAGGCGCUCUUCGAUUGCUUAGUGGAACUCGAGGAAGCUCACAACUCAGCUAUAAAUGACCCUAAGUUUUGGGAGGAGUUUCAGAGCUAUUAUGGAUACAUGAAUCGCCCGUCAAAGUUUUACUUUGCAGAAAGCUUGACGAAGCAUGCUGGCGGCGCCCAGAUUUGGUUGAAGCGUGAGGACCUGAAUCAUACGGGUUCGCACAAAAUCAACAACGCCAUUGGACAGAUAUUACUUGCUCGUCGUAUAGGCAAGACGCGCAUCAUCGCCGAGACCGGUGCUGGUCAACAUGGUGUCGCAACUGCUACCGUGUGUGCACGAUUCAACAUGGAGUGUGUCAUCUACAUGGGUGCAGAAGAUGUUCGUCGCCAAGCCUUGAAUGUCUUCCGAAUGAACAUGCUUGGUGCCAAAGUUAUACCCGUCGAGUCAGGUUCUCGUACUUUGAAGGAUGCCGUCAAUGAAGCCAUGCGCGACUGGGUGACAAACCUUUCCACAACACACUAUCUUGUCGGCUCCUGCAUCGGUCCACACCCAUUCCCAACGAUCGUGCGCGACUUCCAAAAGGUGAUUGGGCAAGAGAUCAAAGCACAGCUGAAAGAAGCCAAGGGGAAACUCCCAGACGUCAUCGUUGCAUGCGUCGGUGGCGGGAGCAAUGCCAUUGGAACGUUUUAUGACUUUAUUCCCGACAAGAACGUGAGGCUGGUGGGUGUGGAGGCUGGUGGCGAAGGUUUGGAUGGCGAUCGGCACAGUGCAACCCUGACGAAAGGCAAGCCCGGUGUAUUGCAUGGUGUGAGAACAUACAUCCUGCAGUCGCAGGCUGGCCAGAUUAUCGAGACACACUCGGUCAGCGCGGGUCUUGAUUACCCUGGUGUUGGCCCAGAGCAUUCCUGGCUCAAGGACUCUGGCAGAGCAGAGUAUGCCGUUGCAACAGACGAGCAGGCCCUCAGAGGAUUCCGACUUUGCACCCAGUUAGAGGGGAUCAUUCCCGCUCUUGAGUCAUCACAUGCUAUUUGGGAAGGUGUCCGUCUUGCCAAAACACUGUCAAAAGAUACCGACCUUGUCAUUUGUCUCUCGGGAAGAGGCGACAAGGAUGUAGAACAGAUAUCGGAAUUGCUCCCUGGAAAAUGGGCUGAGAAGCUUGACUGGCACAUUUGAGAAAUCGGACUUGCUGAGGCUCUCACAAAGGAUUAACAAUGCGCGUGGUUGAUAGCCAUAUGAAUGAAGAACAAUGGGGCGGUCAUGUGGCUUCUUCCAAGUCGCGGUAGAAUUAUAGACGAUGUACAAAACAAUGUAGUACUCCGUGUAAGUAACAGCCUUUACGAAUUGCUACUUACGGCAAGUAUGACUCGACUUUGCAAU